UGGCCACCCAGUGGCCCCACUGCCCCAAUGGAUCCACUGAACCUGUCCUGGUACGAUGACGAUCUGGAGAGCCAGAACUGGAGCCGGCCCUUCAAUGGGUCCGAUGGAAAGGCCGACAGGCCCCACUACAACUACUACGCCAUGCUGCUCACGCUGCUCAUCUUCGUCAUUGUCUUCGGCAACGUGCUGGUGUGCAUGGCUGUGACCCGCGAGAAGGCGCUGCAGACCACCACCAACUACCUGAUCGUCAGCCUCGCGGUGGCUGACCUCCUCGUAGCCACGCUUGUCAUGCCCUGGGUUGUCUACCUGGAGGUGGUGGGCGAGUGGAAAUUCAGCAGGAUUCACUGUGACAUCUUCGUCACUCUGGAUGUCAUGAUGUGCACAGCAAGCAUCCUGAAUCUGUGUGCCAUCAGCAUUGACAGGUACACGGCUGUGGCCAUGCCCAUGCUGUACAACACGCGCUACAGCUCCAAGCGCCGAGUCACUGUCAUGAUCACCAUCGUCUGGGUCCUGUCCUUCACCAUCUCCUGCCCGCUGCUCUUUGGACUCAACAACACCGAGCAAAACGAGUGCAUCAUCGCCAACCCCGCCUUUGUGGUCUACUCCUCCAUCGUCUCCUUCUACGUGCCCUUCAUCGUCACCCUGCUGGUCUACAUCAAGAUCUACGUCGUCCUCCGCAGGCGACGCAAGCGGGUCAACACCAAGCGCAGCAGCCGGGCUUUCCGGGCCAACCUGAAGACCCCACCCAAGGGCAACUGCACUCACCCCGAGGACAUGAAACUCUACACCGUUAUCAUGAAGUCUAAUGGGAGUUUCCCAGUGAACAGGCGGAGAUUGGACGCUGCCCGCCGAGCCCAGGAGCUGGAGAUGGAGAUGCUGUCCAGCACAAGCCCACCCGAGAGGACCCGGUACAGCCCCAUCCCACCCAGCCACCACCAGCUGACCCUCCCCGACCCGUCCCACCAUGGCCUCCACAGCACUCCUGACAGCCCUGCCAAGCCAGAGAAGAAUGGGCAUGCCAAAGACCACCCCAAGAUUGCCAAGAUCUUUGAGAUCCAGUCCAUGCCCAAUGGCAAAACCCGGACCUCGCUCAAGACCAUGAGCCGUAGGAAGCUCUCCCAGCAGAAGGAGAAGAAAGCCACCCAGAUGCUCGCCAUUGUUCUCGGCGUGUUCAUCAUCUGCUGGCUGCCCUUCUUCAUCACCCACAUCCUGAACAUACACUGUGACUGCAACAUCCCGCCCGUCCUGUACAGCGCCUUCACGUGGCUGGGCUAUGUCAACAGCGCCGUGAACCCCAUCAUCUAUACAACCUUCAACAUCGAGUUCCGCAAGGCCUUCCUGAAGAUCCUACACUGCUGACCC